AAGGAUAACAAUCCCAUGGAUAUUCUAUUUAUUUACCGAUAAACGUUUUUAGAACUACAGUCCCGGCCUGUUGUUCUGUCUGUUUGGUUGUGUGGUGCGCAUUUUUGAAAGAUAAAUAUCGGUCAUGGCCGGUUGUGGAGUAGCAAAGAAAAUAGGUUUUUUAUCAAAACUAUGUCGAGGAAGUAGAUCAUAUUUUUCGUAUGUAAGGGAGCCUUCACAUUUUAUAAAAGGAAAAGAGCCAAAAUGGGUAACUGCGGACAAAGCUUUCGAAGUCUUGGAGUCCGGAAACUUGGUUUUUGCCCAGGGAGCUGCCGCUACUCCAGUCACUUUAUUGCAUGCCAUGACCGAACAUGGCAAAACAAAAAAGCUUAAGGAUGUAAGGGUGUGUCAUAUGCAUACAGAGGGUCAUGCUCCUUACACUGAUCCUGAAUGUGAGGGCAUCUUUAGAUCACUUUCUUUCUUCAUGGGAGGAAACGUAAGAAAGGCUGUUGCGGAAGGGCGAAGUGAUGCCAUACCAAUUUUCUUGCAUGAAAUUCCUCUUUUGUUCCAUAGGGACGUAUUGCACCCUGACAUUGCAGUUAUUCACGUUUCUCCUCCAGAUCAUCAUGGCUACUGCAGUUUAGGUACCAGCGUAGACUGUGUGAGGGCAGCAAUGAUCAAAUCAAAGUACAUAAUAGCUCAGGUAAACAAACAGAUGCCUAGAACCUUCGGAGACAGUCUUAUACAUGUGAGUCACAUAGAUUACGCGGUAAAUAUUGAUGAACCUCUUCCUCAACACCCGGCCAAAAAGCAAGACCCUGUAGAAAUGGCCAUCGGAAAGCACAUUGCCGAAAAUUUGGUUGUAGAUGGUGCUACUUUGCAAAUGGGAAUUGGAAGUAUUCCAGAUGCAGUAUUAUCCCAAUUAACGAAUCACAAGAACCUGGGUAUCCAUACAGAAAUGUUUUCUGACGGUGUAACCGAUUUAUACUACAAGGGUUGUAUUACGAACAAUCUCAAACCGAGAUACCACAAAGGAAGAUUUGUCGUUUCGUUUCUAAUUGGAACCCAGAAAUUGUAUGACUUCGUUAAUAAUAAUCCUGCUGUUGAAGUAUUAACUGUAGAUUAUGUAAAUAACACAGAUGUCAUAGCUUCACAAAACUGUAUGACAGCAAUAAAUUCGUGCAUUGAAGUAGAUUUAACAGGUCAAGUUGUCUCGGAUUCAAUUGGAACCAGAAUGUAUUCUGGGUUCGGAGGUCAGGUAGAUUUCAUCAGAGGAGCUGCACAAGCUCAUGAUGGCAAAGGAAAGCCCAUUAUUGCCUUACCUUCUGUCACCAAAAAGGGUGAAUCGAAAAUCGUCAACAUGAUCAAAGCUGGUGCUGGAGUAACAACAUCAAGAGCUCAUGUGCAUUACAUUGUGACUGAACAUGGUAUUGCAUAUUUGUUCGGAAAAUCUCUAAGACAAAGAGCACACGCCCUGAUCAAUAUUGCACAUCCUGAUCAUAGGGAACAACUGGAAAAGGCCGCUUUUGAACGACUCAAAGUUAUGCCCUCUGCUUAGGUUAGGUUCAAAAUAUAUUCUAUCAUAAGUGGAAAAAAAUUAAUACAAACAACACAAUAUUUUUUAUAUAGCAAUAUGAUUCAAAAAAGAAAAAACAAAUUGUUAUCGAGUUCUUCAUACUGAGUAAUAUUUUACAAUAUUAAGUUUUAAUAAAAACAUAUUUCAAUGAA